CGGCUCUUUCCGUCAGACACUCGUUGAUCUCCGGCCCAGCCUUCUACCCCGCUCGGCAUUCUUCGGCUGCGUUCGGCUGGUAACGGUCGGUGUGUUCAAAUGUUCGGCUGCAGCUCCUCCUGGAGACCGAAGUAGAGAAAGAGCCGAGAGGAGAGAAAAGAGAGAAAACAGACGACAGGAACGGACUGACGGAGUCUGGAAGCGGGAUGACGGUGCUGCAGGAACCUGUCCAGGCUGCAGUGUGGCAGGCUCUGAACCACUACGCCUACCUCGACGCUGUUUUCCUCGCUGAGAGACUCUACGCUGAAGUGAGGUCAGAGGAGGCCCUGUACCUGUUGGCUACAUGUUACUACCGCUCUGGGAAGCCAUAUAAAGCGUACCGCCUGCUGAAGGCUCACAGCUGCUCCACACCGCAGGUUCGAUUCUUGUUGGCAAAGUGCUGCGUCGAACUCAGCAAGUUGGCUGAAGGAGAACAGGUUCUGAUUGGUGGAGUGCUAAACAAACAGAAGAGUCAGGAUGACAUCAUCACAGAGUUUGGAGACUCCGCCUCCUUCACACUGUCGUUACUGGGACACAUUUACUGUAAGACAGAUCGUGUUGCUAAAGGUGCAGAGUGUUUCCAGAGAAGUUUAACUCUCAACCCGUUCCUCUGGUCGCCUUUCCAGAACCUCUGUCACCUAGGAGAGAAACCAGAUCCAGAUCAGGUGUUUAGGUUGUCCUCCCUACAGAACUCCUCUAUAGCACCGCCCCCGCUGUCUGUUAGCCCCGCCCAGAACCCCUCGCACCGCCUAGACACCGCCCUCAUGGAGACGCCCCAGGACACGCUGGAGUUGAACCGUUUGAAUUUAGAGUCGUCUAACGGAAAGCUGAUGUCUGAUUUGUCGGUUUCCUACAUCGACUCCUCCCUAAUCUCCCCGGAGACCGGCUCCCUAUUGGGUAACACGGUUUCCAUGGCGUCAGCUGGCUCCUUAUUGGCUAAACAGAACAAGCCCAAGAGUGGGCGGAGUUUACUGGGAGGACCUGCAGCACUCAGCCCGCUGACGCCCAGUUUUGGCAUCCUGCCCCUGGAGCCCAGCCCUGGAGACCCCACAUAUCUACAGAACUAUUCAGCUACCAUGGAAACACAAUCUACAGCUCCCAGCAAGAAGUCUGUCUCCAGGAUCAGUCAGUCUAAAUCUGUCUUCAGUCAGAGUGGUAACAGCAGAGACGUUCUCCCCAUCCCCUUCAACCAAUCACAGACCUCCGCCCCUCACAGCAGUGGCUCCCCUCAGGUCCUCAGUCCCAGUAUGUCUGGUCCUCCCAACGUUCAGCCCAGAAGAAGCUCCAGACUGUUUACUAGUGCUAGCUCUACUGCCAAGGAGAACAGUAAGAAGUUAAAGAUGAAGUUUCCUACAAAGAUCCCCAACAGGAAAACUAAAUGUAAAUCAGCCAAGACGUCGAAUAGCAGCAACCUGAACGAGAGUCUGGACAUCCUGAGACUGGACGCCAGUCUGAGUCUACCGGACACCAAGAUCCCCCAGUACCAGAGGGCUGCUGCAGACAGCGUGAUGGUGUUGCUACGGGAACUGGGCCGUGGUUACCAGGCGUUGUGUUCGUACAACUGCAAAGAAGCCAUCAACAUCCUGACCUCCCUCCCUCCUCAGCACUACAACACCGGCUGGGUCCUCACACACAUCGGCAGGGCUUACUUCGAACUGGCCGAGUACACACAGGCGGAGCGUCUGUUCAGCGAGGUUCGUCGGAUCGAGUCGUACAGAGUUGAAGGGAUGGAGAUUUAUUCAACAACGCUGUGGCACCUGCAAAAAGACGUUGCACUGUCCGCCCUGUCCAAAGACCUGACCGACAUGGACAAGAACUGUCCUGAGGCCUGGUGUGUAGCAGGAAACUGUUUCAGCCUGCAGAGGGAGCACGACAUCGCCAUCAAGUUCUUCCAGAGAGCCAUCCAGGUGGACCCGGGCUUUGCGUAUGCAUACACUCUGUUGGGUCAUGAGUUUGUUCUGACGGAGGAGUUGGACCGAGCCCUCGCCUGCUUCCGGAACGCCAUCCGAGUCAACAACAGACACUACAACGCAUGGUAUGGUCUGGGGAUGAUCUACUACAAACAGGAGAAGUUCAACUUGGCAGAGAUCCACUUUAAGAAAGCGUUGAGCAUCAACCCUCAGAGCUCCGUGCUGCUCUGUCACAUCGGAGUGGUGCAGCAUGCCUUAAAGAAGUCUGAUGCAGCUUUAGAGACUCUGAACAGAGCGAUCGUGAUCGACCCCAAGAACCCGCUCUGCAAGUUCCACCGAGCCUCCAUACUCUUCGCUAACGACAAGUACAAGGCUGCCCUUCAGGAGUUGGAGGAGUUGAAACAGAUCGUUCCCAAAGAGUCUCUGGUUUACUUCCUCAUAGGAAAGGUGUAUAAGAAGCUGGGUCAGACUCACCUGGCUCUGAUGAACUUCAGCUGGGCGAUGGAUCUGGACCCUAAAGGAGCCAAUAACCAGAUCAAAGAAGCCAUCGACAAGAGAUACCUGCCAGAGGACGAAGGUGAGACAGCUGCGGAGGUGGACGACAGUCAGGACAGCAGCAUCAUGACGGACGCCGAUGACACGCAGCUCCACACGGCGGAGAGCGAUGACGUCCUUUAACCCCGCCGUCGCCAUAAGCCCCGCCCCCUGCUCGAGCCAACCCCCGCCCCUUGCCCUGAUUGGCUGGAGGAGUACUGUUGCUAGGCAACAUUCUGACAGACAUAUUUUCUGUUUAGCUCCACCCCCGGCCCUCCUCCCUGUCCUCUGAUUGGCUGAAACAGACUGCUGCUGCCCCGCCCCCUCCUCUUCCUCGUAUGUCAUCAAGCUCGUCCUCUGACAUCACAGCUGUUUUUUAUGUUCUUUUUAUCAUCGUUAUGGAAAUAAAUCAAUAAAAACGUGUAAACCCCGCCCA